AUGAAGUUCUCAACAUCAGGCUUGGUCCUCCUGGCAUUGGCUAGCUCAGCGUUGUCUGCGAAGAGUCGUGGCCCCGAAUGCUCAUGUUGUACUGCCCUGGCUUCAGAUGAUAGCCUCAGAGGCAAGGUGUUUGGCAAAGACAGUGCUGUUUACGACGCACGCUUGAAGUCUUAUUACUCUGCCAACGCGGCGCAGGAGGCCUGGUGUAUGGUUCUUCCUGAGGGCACUCAAGAUGUCUCAGCGAUUGCCAAGAUCAUCUCAAAACAUGAGUGCCCCUUCGGUAUCCGCAGCGGCGCACACUCUGCCUGGAAGGGCUCCAACGGCGUCAAGAGCGGUGUCACGAUCGAUUUCGGCUACAUGAACGCCACGACGUACGACGCAGACAGCAAGGUAGCCUCAAUAUGCCCCGGAUCCAAUUGGGGUGAGGUCUACAAGGCUCUUGACCCCUACGGUGUUACUACCGUUGGGGGCAGAGCAUCAGUCGUCGGCGUUGGUGGCUUCGUCACGGGCGGUGGUUACUCUUUCCACACUAACUCUCGCGGCUUUUCGUGUGACCAGGUCACCAACUUUGAGAUUGUGUUGGCUGACGGUACCAUUGUCAACGCCAAUGAGCACGAGAACGCCGAUCUGUGGAAGGCCCAGAAGGGAGGCUCUGGUAACUUCGGCUUCGUUACCAGGAUUGACCAACGUGUUGUUGAGUCGACCCAGAUGUGGGGUGGAUUCUUCACCUACAACCAGACCAAGAGAGAUGCUGUUUUCAACGCCUACAUGAACUUCGCGAACCACAUGGGCGAGGAUCUUGCCAGCCAAAACAUCGUUGCGCUGUACUACGACAAGACUGGCUACACCCUCCGCUCCAUUCUCAGCAAUGUCGAUGCCGACCCCGAGGCCCCUGCCUUCAGCGAAUACUUCGCUAUUCCCAACAUCUCUACCACUGCUUCCGUUGGUGCCGUUUCUGAUCUAGUCCCCCAAUUCACCGGCCCUACACCACUUGGUCUCUACGCCAACUGGUUCGUCGGUCAGACCACUCACGAUAUCCGCAUGCUCAAGUUUAUCGACGAUAAGCUGAAGGAGUACUCGCCUAAGAUGAAGGCCGCCGCCCCCGACUCCGACUUUAAUACUCUCAUCCAGUUCCAGCCCGUCACCCAGUCAAUCGUCCAGCACAGCGCCCAGUCUGGUGGCAACGUUCUCGGCCUCGAGGAUGUCGUCGCCGACGGCCCCACUCUCAUGUGGCUCAUCGCCCUGACUGUCGACACCGAGGCCAACCAGGAAAUCCUCCUUCCAUACAUCCUCAAGUUCCGCAUGGAGAUCGACAACUACGCCAAGGAUCUCGGUCUCUACAAGGACUGGAAGUACACAAACUACGCCUGGGGUGACCAAGACCCUCUCGCCACCCACGGAUACAAGAACUUCGACUUCAUGAGCGAGGUUGCUGAGCAAUACGACCCCGAAGGCGUGUUCCAGAACCUCCGCAGAACCGGCUUCAAGCUGGCAUAA